UGUACGGAUACACUUCCGAGUAUUGCAAAGAAGCGUGAAGUGUAACUUAAUUAUAAGACGUAGAAGGUUGAAAUGUACGAAUACACUUCAGAGUAUUACAAAGAAGUAUAAUUGUCAUACACAUUUACCAAUGCAUCUGAGAUAAAAGAUUGAAAUGUAUAAAUGGAAAUGAAAUCAACGAGAACUGUCACCGAUGACUGAUGCAAAAGUAAAACAAUCAAUGUUCUCGAAGUGGUGGCUGGAGAAGUUUGGAAAGCUCAAUACAUCUCAAAGGUCUGAAGUGUAAUUUAUUUUAUCGUCAAAUACUCUCCAAAAUAUCUAAGCUAAAAGAUCGGAAUGUAUGAAUGAAAAUCAAACGAACGAGACGUGUCGCCGAUAAUUACCGAAAAAGGAGGAAACAUCGGACGCUAACGAGGGAAGUAUUCCGUGUGACGUAACCAGUCCAUUUUCUCGCAAAUGAAAAGAGCAAACGUUAUUGUUAGUAGCUGAUAAGUGGAGACCGCUGGCCAGGUAUUGGCUCGUAUAAGACGCUGUACAUCAUUGCGAGUACAUCAGUAGAUCCUCGAGCCAUCAAACUCUGCGCCCAGUCACCCAAUGAUCGCACAUCGGUCGCUUCAACGGCCUCCAUGAAGAUCACGAAUAAUCGAAUCCAUCGGGAAGGAAGCCUCGAGAAACGAGAAAGAAUCGACAAGUGCCCCUGAAAAUAUUCAGAUUGAAUUCCUCGAGUGAAAAUCACGCAGUGAGUUUUACACGGUGGAUCUCCGAUGAGUGAUUGAAAACUGAACAGCGGAUCUCGAAGAGCUACAAGUGUCUUAAGAAAAGACGGGAGACAGAAAUUGAUCGAUGAGCUGGUUGAUUUUUUACGAGGAAAUACACACUAUAAUAAAGAGCAGAAGUGACUGGCAGUGAGUUUCUUCAGCUGUGUAACGCAGCUGUUGACAGCGAAAUAAUUCGUGAAGAGAAUAAAUAGAACACGCAGAGAUAAACGUUUUCCCUUCUUUUUUUUUUUUCCUUUUUCGGUCAGAACACGAUUAUCGGCGGCGUUAAGUGAAAGGCUAACGGGGAACGAUAAUUAACGACGGGAAGUAAUCAGUUUCCCGUCGAUUCUUUAACCCGGCGAAUUCACAUUCUGCUGGCUAUUACACCGAAAAAUUCCCAGAGAUUAGGAUUCCAACGUGAAAUUCUGAAAUGCUGCACCAGGCUGCAUAGAAAUUCGUAUCGAUAACUAACUACUCCUAUCUACGAUCACGUGGAAAACUUGAGGAUGGAGAGAUAGAACAGCUAGAUAUUUGCUCGACAAGUGAAAUAAUCCUUUGACCGCUGAUCGUUCCGUUGGCGAUAAGAGACAAGAAACUUGCACCUGCAUCAUUCUAACGUGAUUAACGAGACUAUGUGUAACGCAGUGCGAAACAACGAGUCAAAUAUGAGAACAGCGUGCAAUUCUCUGUGAAAACGAGUAAGAAAGAUCCACGACAAAGAAAAAUUUCCCCCGGAACCUAAAAAAAAGCGAAGAAACAGCAAAAAAAAAACAGAAAAAAGAGAGAAAAAUGAAUGGAAACGUUUCGAAAAGUCCCAGUUUGGACGUGAAGUCAUCCUCGCCGGACAGAGGAGAGAAGCAGAAUUUGCUAGCAACGUUGACGAAAACCACACCUGUUAUAGUAAAAGUCGCCAGGGGCCCGAACCCAUCGUUCCGAAGCAGGAGCCGGUACAGAGCGGGGCCAACGCGGAAGCUUCGUCGUCGCGCCGUGUUGAAGAACGGCGACUGCAACGUUCUCCAAUCACGAAUCUCCCGUCGCUCGCUGCGUUUCCUCCAGGAUAUCUUCACCACCCUGGUGGACACGCAAUGGCGCUGGACGUUGCUCUGCUUCAGCCUAAGUUUCGCACUCUCCUGGCUUGGUUUCGCUGUGAUCUGGUGGUUGAUCGCGUUCACCCACGGUGACUUCGAGGAACGUCACUUGCCGCCGUUUCAAAUCGAGAGCAACUGGACGCCCUGUAUCUACAACAUCUUCUCCUUCACCAGUUGCAUCCUCUUCAGUAUCGAGACACAGCACACGAUCGGCUACGGCAGCCGUUCCACCACGGAAGAAUGCCCUGAAGCGAUAUUCGUGAUGUGCGUGCAGAGCAUCGCUGGCGUGAUGAUACAGGCGUUCAUGGUUGGCAUAGUGUUCGCAAAGAUGAGCAGACCGAAGCAGAGAACUCAGACACUGUUGUUCUCGAGGAACGCGGUGAUUUGUCAAAGAGACGGCGAGCUUUGCCUGAUGUUUCGCGUCGGUGACAUGAGGAAGAGCCACAUAAUCGGCGCUGCUGUUCGAGCGCAAUUAAUCAGGUCAAGAACCACCAAAGAGGGCGAAGUGUUGUCGCAGAAUCAACAAGAGUUGGCCGUAGGUACCGAUGGACAGAAUGGAAAUCUCUUCUUCAUCUGGCCGACAACUAUCGUUCACAAAAUCAACGCCGAAUCUCCGUUCUACAAUAUGUCCGCCGAGGAGAUGUUAACGGAGAGAUUCGAGGUUGUGGCCAUUUUGGAAGGUACCAUCGAGUCUACAGGACAGACGACUCAAGCUAGAUCUAGCUACUUGCCACAGGAGAUUCUCUGGGGGCAUAGAUUCGAGCCAAUGGUGAUGUACUCGAAGGAGAGACAAGGUUACGAGGUGGAUUACUCGCUGUUCAAUAGCACCACGCAAGUGGACACUCCGUUGUGCUCGGGCAAAGAGCUUGCUGAAUUUUACAAGGUGCAGGAGGAACUUCGUCAUGGAAACGGUGUUAUAGUCGACGAGGACUUCCUAGUUGAGUCCUAUCACGACAGCCAGUGUCACUACGGUCAUCGUCCAAUGGCUAUGGUCAGUCAUCAUCAACACACGCAUCCUCUGCACUACGUGGACAGCGGUAGAAGCGAGACCAGUGCCGACGAGGCGACCACCUGUCGGAACGCCUGCAGAGAUUCUAUUUACCACGGUCCUGCAUUGCCUAAUCGCGACCAUAGUCACAGCAAGAUCCUCGAUUUAGAUCCUGACGGUAUCCAGGUGAUGGGCGAAGUAGAUCUGCAGCAGUUACCCGAGGCAGUGAACAGGGAGAUCCUGAAGAACAGCAGGGAGAUCAUCUUCGAGGAGCCAGAGGCGUUCAGAGAGGGUAGUCCAUUGUUGAGAUCGGCUAGUCGAAGGAGUACAGUGAGACAUCCGUUGCUGGACGAAGAGAGAAGAUCGUUGCACAGUUCCAGGAGGAGUCUCUAUCACAAGAAUAUUCUGAGAGGCUUGGAGGAGGAGAAGAGGUCGCUGGAUGGGUCAAGGAGGAAUCUGACUGGCUCCAGGAAGUACUUGUUAAUACCUUUGGACAACAAGAGCGUGGAAACUGGUCACAGAGAGAGUUUCACCUCGGCUAGACGUCACACUGGUAGCAGAGAGAGAUUGAACGCUAUGAGGAAGAAUAUCAGCGUGAAAGAGACGAAGGAAAGUUUCGAGCCAGAUCCCAGAGGAAGGCUGAACUCGAACGACGACAGAUUGAUGAUCGAAAUGGAGAAAUCUGUUAAGUCGCCUCGUAUGCAGGAGUUACUGUCGUCCGAAGACAACAGAACUUCGUUGUCAGACCCUAAUUUAUCACCGAACGGGUACAACUCCUCCGCCAAGUGUCGUCGAUCGUUGGUACCAACGUUACCGAUCUCCCCGGUAUCCGAUCUCUCCCCGGAAUCUGGUUUCUACGAAGGAACUCAAUGGGGUUCCAGUCCAGAGUACGUCAGGAAGGAUCUUCGACUCCAUAACGAAGCUGUGGUCACGAGGAACAGAAGGAGCUACGAGAACGCGCAGCUUCAGGACGUGAACGAGGCAUUGUCCAGGCCGCACAGCGACAACAGCUCGUUGGACAGCGAGGAAUCGGCGAAAAAUUCGACCAACGACGGUAAUUCUCGCAAAUACAACGAGAAGAAUACGGUAAAACAGACGGCGAUCUCUUACACGAGCGUAUGACGAGGAAAGUGUGCCUUUCUCCCGAAUGUAACAUACGUACACCGCUUCUAAUAAGUGCCAGUGCAAUCGUGUUGUACAGUCGAAACUAGCGUUCUACUUCCGAAACAAGGUAUUCGCGGUUGGUUAUUCAACCCUCGAUCAACGAUGUCGGAAUUGCGAUUGGGUAAUUGAAAGAUACAACGUUUC